AGGAGGAGCUUGAAGGAUCUGCACUUCCUGGUAGUUCGCACAGGCAUGCAAGGAGGAGGCGGUACAGGGGUAGCUUGGAACUGGCAGACAAUUGCAACGUUUUCUUCUGGGAGAACGGUCGAGUAGUGCAAGUAGUUCGGGCCUGCGACGGAAAGGUCUUGCGGGAGAUUGACACGGGGCAAAACUUUCGCCGAUGUUUCCAUCGCCUGGCCAAUGUGAAAAAGAAACUCUUUGUUUGCUUGAAUGAUUGCAUCAAGGUCUGGGACUACGACAGUUACAAGAAGCCCAUUGAGCUUCCCCCUGCGAGGACCCCGCAUUCCUUGGUGAGGGUUGGACGGCCUUUGGAGCUAUUGGUUCAUAGGCAAAGGCUGAUCCUGGUCGAGAGCAACUGCUGCUUGCUGUGGCACACGGAGACCCUGGAGUUCAUUUGCUGCAUCCAGCAUGAUGACACUGGGGCUGCCUUUGGAAGUCCUGUGGAGCGUCCUAGUCCUCAUGCUGAUGAUGUCACCGGAUCACAAUCACAUCGUCUUCGAGAAACCUUGGAGGUCCAAUGGAUGGGUGACCUGCUGAUGACCUGGGGCCGUGGGAGCUUGAAGUCUUUGAAUGUCUGGACCUUGGACGGCGAAGCCAAAGCCUUUCUGAAAACUGACAGUGCCUUGGUGCAGGUGGAUGUUGCCCGGGUCACGUGGCAGUCCGUAUAUACCUUGGACCAUUUCAUUCUUUGUGCUUUGGAUUCGAGGUCGGUGGUCACAUUCUGGGACUCCAAAGAGAACUUCGCGGCGAUCUUUCGCUUCUAUUGUGGCUGCGAGGAACCCUUUGAUCUGGUUUUGACUCAGGACUUCAUGGUAGUCAUCAAUGACAACGUCUCAGCCAACCGUUUGGAUCUCUGCUUCUGGAAACUAUGGCUCCAUCCAGACUUCGAGGCUCCAAAUCAAUCUGCUGAGAGUCUGGACAUGACGAGGUCAGAAGCUCGACACCAACGUGAGGCUUCUGUGCGUCUCCGGCAACGGCCCGCGGGCGCUCACUUUUCUCCACAAGGUGGCCUCCCCUUUCCAGCAGCGACGGGACUAAUGGCUGGCUUGGACUUGGCAUCAGCAGCUGCGGCGCAGCUGAGUGGCGACACGCUGCAGCGCUUUCUUCACAAGGAGCUACGACCCAAUUGUCGUCCCAUCAAAACGCUGAGCAUUCCAGACAUCGACACCUACUUCGCAUCUUACAGGAAUUUCCUGAACAUGUGCUCCUUCCACAAGUCGGGUCAGGAAUCCCUCAGCGUUUAUCGUUCCAGCUCCCUUCAGAAGAAGGCCUUUUUCCCACCCGCGAAGCACACGAAGUUUGAAGAGUGGUUGGCAUUGCAGGUCCACAAUGAUGGCACAGUGGUUGUACAUGAUUUUCGACCCCAGCAGAUGGCAUUUGAUGAGUUGCUGGGAUCCCGCUGCGAAAAAGGAUCUCAGGCCGAAACUGGGACACCGAAACAGACUGAGCAAAUGCCACAGCCUCGACAGCGGAGCUUUCCUGGAUGUGGACUGCGCCGGGCUCGACGUGCCUAGCUGUUGCCCAGAUUCUGAUAGCUUCACUGGUGAGAUGAGUGGCUGCCAGUUUCUCGAUGUGCAACGGAGCAAACAGGUAAGUAACAUUGCAC